AUGGAGCGGCAGCUGCUCGCGCAGGAGCAGCGUCUCAGCGGCACCGGUGCGUGGACACCAGGGUCCCUUAGCACCCUCAGGAGCAACCUGAGGGAGCUUCCAAACCCGCUGUCUAGUCCUAAUGUCUCCGGCCUGGCCGUUGCGACGCGACGGCCCAGCUACGGCAAAGAGCAGCAGGUGAAAUCCAUCCUGCGGGAGCUGCUCGUCUACAUCGUCUUCCUCACGGACCUCUGCAUCCUGACAUUCGGGAUGGUCAGCACGGACAUGUACUACCUGAACAGGGUGAUGUCGCAUCUUUUCCUGGAAACCCCUUCCUCCGAGGCGGAUGGGGUUACAUUCAGGAGCAUUGGCAGCAUAGCCGACUUCUGGAAGUUUGCAGAAGGUCCCCUCUUGGAUGGACUCUACUGGGACAAAUGGUACAACAACGUGACAUUAACCACGCAGAAAACCAGCAGUCACAUUUACUAUGAGAAUUUGCUGCUGGGAGUAGCCCAAAUUCGACAGCUAAAAGUGCGUAACGGUACCUGUUCCAUCUACCCAUAUUUCCGGACCCUUUUAAAAGACUGUUACAGUGAGUAUCGCUAUCGAGCUGAAGACAGGGCAGCUUUUGGUCUAAAGAACGGGUCUGAGUGGAAAUACCUCUCUGUCUCCUCUUUAUCCCCAUGGUACUGGGGAUACGUGGGCUUGUACAGCAACGGAGGAUUCAUAUUCACUUUACCUAAGUCCAAGCAGGAGAGCGCGGAGAAGCUGGUGUCCCUCAGGCAGAACAGCUGGCUCACCAGAGGAACCAGGGUUGUGUUUAUUGACUUCUCUAUGUAUAAUGCUAACAUAAACCUUUUCUGCAUAAUCAGGUUGGUGGUAGAGUUCCCUGCAACAGGGGGUGCUCUCACCUCUUCACAGAUCUACUCCGUGAAGCUCCUCAGAUACGUCACGUAUUACGAUUACUUUCUGGCCUCUUGCGAAGUCACCUUUUGCUUGUUUGUCAUUGCAUUCAUAAUCCAUGAAAUCAUAAAAAUAGCGACACUUAAAGCAGAGUAUUUCAGAAGUGCUUGGAACUGGCUGAACAUACUAUUGGUGGUGAUAUCAGUCCUUGCCAUUGCUUUCAACAUCUACCGCACUGUAGAAGUGUCCCUGUUAAUGGAGGAGCUGCUGUCCAACUCGUCUGUGUAUCCAGACUUUUACUUCCUUGCAUCCUGGCAAGUCCAUUACAACAACAUGAUUGCUGUCAAUGUCUUCUUUGCUUGGAUAAAGAUAUUUAAAUACGUCAGCUUUAACAAAACGAUGACUCAACUGUCCUCCACUUUAUCCCGCUGUGCCAAGGACAUCAUUGGAUUUGCCAUCAUGUUCUUUAUCAUCUUUUUUGCAUAUGCACAGUUAGGCUAUCUGGUCUUCGGGUCGCAAGUUGAUGAGUUUUCUACAUUUCAAAACUGCAUCUUCACGCAGUUCCGCAUUGUGCUGGGAGAUUUCAACUUUGCAACUAUAGAAGAAGCAAACAGCAUCCUCGGGCCCAUUUACUUCAUCACAUUUGUGUUCUCUGUGUUCUUCGUGUUGCUGAACAUGUUUCUGGCUAUUAUAAAUGACACCUAUUCAGAAGUCAAGGCAGAUUUUGCAGCGAUACCAAGUCAAGAAUUUGCCAUCAGUGACUUCCUUAGCCAGGAUUUUGUGACAUUUGGGGGAAUUGUGCUCGAUUGCCAAAACAUGACGCUGCCAGCGGGCUCCUCACCUCCAAGUGUGGAAACCUGCCUGGUGAAGCACCCAGCUCGCUUAACCCGCUCUGCUUGCCCUGUGCCAGGCCCUGGUCAAGCUCAAGCUGAAGAGGAUGGAGACGGACAUGAGGGUGGAAGAAGCGAGCCUGGGGAGCGCGAGGAGGGCUACCCGAAGCCAGCACAGCUACACAAAUGGAAGGAGAACUUUCGCCGGAAGCCUCCGUCGAGGGAGGACCUCAGCUCCGUCUCCUCUCAGGGCUCCGUCUCCCCCGAGGACUUUCAGGAGCUUUUCAGGUACACUGCUGAGUUGGAGAAGGAAUUAGAUGGCGUUAACAAAAAACUCCAUAGAAUUAUGAAAAAAGGUAACCGCUGA